AUGGCUAUAAGAAACAGCUUUCAUCAAAAAAAAAAAAUACCAUCAUCACCUUCUGGAGACUCUAACAAUGAUGACCUGUUUUCAUUUGAAACAAUGAUUACAGAAUUUAAAAGUUUAUAUUUACAUUUAAUGUUUAAAAUACUAACUUUUAUCAUAGACAAAUCUCAUGAAAGAAGAAGAAGAAAACAUAAUGAAAUUCAAUCACUAUAUUUAAAAAAUAUGAAUUCCAUUGAGCAGAAAUUGAAAUCUAUUAUAACAAAAAAUAAAACCAAAAUAGCUAAACAAAAUUUUAGAAAAAUAGAGCAAUUAAAGCAUCUUCUUAAACUUAAAGAGGAAAACGAAGAAAUGCUAUUAAAAGAAGUAGAAGCAAUAGAGAUAAUUUUCAAUAAUGUAAAAGAAAGCUUAUCAACAAACUUUGAGAAAUCCACAUAA